AUGAAAGUCAAGCCCGGCAUAGUUUGCUUUGCCGCCGUGGGCAAGGCCCUCGGCGGGCCCAGAUGGAGACAAGCGCUAGUGCUGCGAAGGAUCGAUGCUCAGGUAGCACUGCUCGUUGUGAGACUCGACUCGGAAGCAGCUCACAGCGAUGCGGUGUUCAAGAUCAGUGGGAAAUCCUAUACCAUUGUGGAAGGCGAGUCAUCCACGCUAAAGGCGCGCUGCAGUCACGCCUUCUUGGCGCUCGAAGUGGAAGCAGCAGACGUUCUAGCAGAGGGCGAAAAGUUCAUGGCCGAGAACCAGGAGCUUGUUUUCACCACUGCAUCAGAGGAUGUGGCCACGCCAGGGAAGCCGGCUGCAAUGGUAGACAAGGGCAGCAGCGAGUCCGAGAGGUCUUCGGACGAGAGUGCCAUGGGUCCCGACGAGUUGCUUGCUCAGAUCACGAAGAUCCAAAAGCAAUGGCAAGGCAAGGGUAUGUCAGAAGACGAGAAGCCAGACAAGUCAAAGAGAGCGAGCGCCGCAGGACGGGCGUCUCGCUAUGCCCUCCUAGCUCGCAGGGAGACGGACCGAGAGAUGAAGACGUCCAAAGGACACAGGGAGCGUUUGGGCAGAGCCGCGUCCAGCAGCGAGGCCGACCCUCUUCAGGCCCUCGGAGCGCUAGAGCUUCUCAAAAGGCUCGGUGCCACAAGCAAGCGUCGCAGCAAGGAAAGCAGUUCUUCAGCAUCUGCGGACGGGACGUCAGACAGCAGCUCGAGCGACAGGCGCAAGGGCAAACGCUCGACUGGCGUGGCAAGGGCUAUGGGGGACUACAGGCGCUUGAAGAAGGACAUGAGGAGGCAUCCCAUGAGACACGUCCGGCGAUAUGUAAAGCAGGUGGAAGAGGAUCUCGGCGUCAGUGCCGAGCUGCCCUACCGCUUGACGGACCAUGGAAAGAAGAUCCCAUGGGGCAAGCAAAAGGGGUUGCAGAGAGUUUACUAUCUGCUCGGAGCCAUUUUGGAGCAGCAGCUGAAAGGCAAUGUAGAGCAGGCGGCGCUGCUGACAACUCAGUCGCUACGUGCCGUCCACCAGACCGUCUUAGACGGUGGAAACUGGAGCGUGGCCUGGAUGCUGACAGGACUUCAGGAUCCUUUCGUGAAGCGAAAGUUUGGGGGCGAGGAGGAGUCCUUGGAGACAAUCGCGGCCUACAUGCGUGCAAGCCAAGAGCUGGAGCGCCGUGCCAGGGCGUGGAGCCUUCACCCAGACAGCAGUGUCCCGCCAGAGAACGAAGAGCCCGAGCCGAAAGGACCAGUGAAGGGGCGAGGGCGUGGCGGGAAACAGCAAGAAACCCAGAAGAGCGCGAGUGCAUUUUUCCGUCCCUUUUACGCCUUAGAAGUUGGGGCAGCCUUUCUAAGAAGUCUAGAUGGCGACAACGCCAGCGGGGGCGAGGCGGGUUGCCCCGCAAAACUCCAAGAUGCAGAAGCCUGGUGCCAGCGCGCCCUGUCCAACAAAUGGUUUGUGGACCCUGAACGCAUGUCGUUGCCAGAGCGUGCUGGCAUACUCGACCCUGCCGACUACCUUAAGGGGCCUGAGUGGGAGCAGUUUACUCAUAUGGACCAGCGCGUGCCAAUUGAGAUCGUGCCCACUGCACGUGUGAGACCUUGCCACAGGGUUCGUAAGAAGGAGGUUGUGCCCGUGUAUAGCAAACUGCUCCAGUCAGGUGUUGCAGUGCUCCUUCCAGAGGAGGCAGCCUUGCAUGAUGCUUCUGGGCGCCUGAUCUCAGGGGGAUUGUUUGCAGUCGCGCACAAGCAGCACAGCGACAGAGUCAUCAACGACCGCAGGCCCUUCAACCAAGGAGAGCGAAGGCUCGUUUGGGCGCGACUGCCCCAUGGUACUCUCCUGACUCAGCUCGUGCUGGGUAAGGAGUUUUCGGUCCGAGCCUCUGGGGAUGACCUUAAGAACUACUUUUACCUGUUAAAGCACAUUCCCGAGUGGUUACCCCGCAAUGUAGUUGGUCAUCCCGUCAGCGGUGCUGACUUCGCCAGAUUUGGCGCGGAUCCGGCCCGGCGCUAUGUCUUAGCCUUCAAGGUUGUGUGCAUGGGUGACUUAAAUGGGGUUGACAUCUGUCAACAGACCCAUGUGGAGCUUUUACGAGACUGUGGAGUCAUGCGCCCUGAGCAUGUGCUAGAAUACCAGUCGCCUUUGCCCGUUGAGCCCACGCUAGAGGGUCUGUACAUAGAUGACCAUAUAGUCGUACAAGUCACCCCGAAGAAAAGGCAUAGACGUAAAGACCCUGAUCCCAAAUGGCAUCUCGAUGAGCAGAUCGUUAAGCAGAGCCGUCAGCAAUACGAGCGUCUAGGCAUUCCUGUGUCCACCGACAAAAGGUUUACCAAGCAGUCGCAGUUUGUUGCGUGGGGAACAGAAGUCACCAGUAGGGCCAGUAAGAGGUGCUUGCAGCAGGUUGUAGGCCUCUUCGUUCACCCCUUCACCCAUAGAACUGCUGGCGCUUGUCUGGUCCUGCCCCUAGCUUUCACCAACAUCCGUUGGCCCGUCAGCCAGCGCAUUUCAUCCACGGAUGCGAGCCUCACAGGAGCUGGCCGCUGCGCGGCCUGCACCGCCACGAGCUUCAGCAAACUCUUGCACAGAGCCGCAGAGCACAAAGGGGAGCGUGUCCGCUUAGAUUGGGCCGAAGUAGGUGCAGCCCCCUUAACGGACAUGAAACUUCCCAACCAGCAUGUUGAGCGGUUCGCUUCACUGCAUCAGUGGCAUGUCACGGAAUCCAAGCCGUUCAAGACGAAGCACCAUAUCAACCUCCUAGAGCUUGAGGUUUUCCAUCGUGAGUACUCUGAUCUGGUGUCCAAAGUUCAGGGCGGGAGCAGUGGCAAAAGGGAGAUCCUCAAGUCGUAA